AGAUAGCAAUGAUAUGGAUGCUGUAAAGAAAAACAAACGGGAUGGAACAGAAGUCACAGAAAGACUUAUCACAGAAACUGUUACCACCAGACUGACAUCUCUUCCCCCAAAAGGAGGUGGUAGCAGUGGGCUCAAAACAACAGCCUACAGUGGAGGAAGUGGAGUGGAAAAGAGGACGUAUACCCAUGGCAGCAGUUACGUCACAUCCACAGGUGGAAAUGCUAGAAUGAAUACCUCCUCUUCCUCCUACAAGCAAGCCAUCAGUCCUUCCUCUACUCUUCCCAAAUCACCUGGAUCAACCUUUGAGCGAAAAACCUAUACCACCCGCCAUGCAACAUAUGAAGGGAGCUCCAGUGCAAAUUCAUCUCCAGAGUUUCCAAGAAAAGAUUUGGGUUCCUCUGCUACCAGAGGGCGAAGCCAAACCCGAGAAAGUGAAAUCCGAGUGAGGCUACAAAGUGCUUCUCCAUCAACCAGGUGGACCGAACUGGAUGAUGUUAAGAGACUUCUUCGGGGAAGUCGCUCAGCAAGCGCCAGCCCAACACGAUCAUCAUCAAGCACACUUCCUAUCCCCAAGAAAGCUGUUGUGGAAACCAAAAUGGUUACAGAGAGCUCCCAGUCAGUGUCAGGGACAUAUGACACAACCAUCUUGAAUGCUGCCCUCCCACCAUAUAUGUGGUCCUCCACCCUGCCUGCAGGGUCAUCUCUUAGUGGCUAUCACAACAACAUGGCUCAGAGCUCAUCACUGAUCAACACUGCAGCUCAUUCUACUGGAUCAGUGUUUGGAGUCCCAAACAAUCUGGCUCCCAGCUCUCCCACUCUGAAUACAGGCCUCAGCACUUCUUCAACAGUGUUUGGUGUCCAAAACAAUCUGGCUCCAAGCACAUUUGCUGCUACCAACAGUGGAACUACAACCUCAACAGCAGCAUAUGGAGUAAAGAAAAACACUACCCAGAGCUCUGGUGUGACUAAUACUGGCAUUUCUACUUCAGUUACAACAGCUGCCACCACCAUGAACUCCCAGAAUGAUGACAUCCUCCGCAAGGACUGCAAAUUUUUGCUCCUCGAGAAAGAGAAUGUGGCCCCCAAGAAAGAGGUGGAGCUGCUGAUCAUGACAAAAGACAGUGGGAAAGUCUUCAGUGCAUCCAACACUGGUCUCAAUGGAGGUUAUUGUACCAAAGACACCCUGAAGAAAGAAAAGCAGGCUAUUUCUUCCUCUUACACUGGAGAUUCCUUCCUCAAAUCAGAAACAAAUGGAGGACUACAGUCUGUUUCAACAAAGGAUAAAGCAACUUAUGCAGAAAUCCAGCGUGAUGAUGGAUGCGGAGGGGCAGGUGCUGCUCCAGCCUGGUGCCCUUGUGCCUCCUGCUGUAGCUGGUGGAAAUGGCUCCUCGGUUUGCUCCUGGCCUGGCUCCUUCUACUUGGUCUGCUUUUUGGGCUUAUUGCUCUAGCGGAUGAAGUGAGGAAGCUGAAAUCCCGUGUGGAGAGCCUUGAAUCCCGUGCCAGCUACUGGCAGGUUAAUCCUGAUACUGUGGAAAAUGUGCAUGUCAGCAAGGUUGGGCAGUUUGCCAAACAUUCAUUAGCUCUGAGUGAUAUGAAUGAAGACCAGCUAUGGCUACUCAUGAAGAGGAGGCUGGAUGCAGAGAGAAAUCAAGGUUAUUUCCGUGGCGAGCCAGGACCAAAAGGUGAUAUGGGCGUCCAAGGAUCAAAAGGAGACCGAGGACUUCCUGGCAUGGCAGGUGCUCCAGGCUUGAUAGGUCACCCUGGGCCUGAAGGCCAAAAAGGACAAAAAGGCAACAUGGGUGAAUCUGGCGUGGAGGGACCCAUGGGACAAAGAGGACGAGAAGGACUUCCAGGUCCUCGUGGGGAGCCUGGUCCACCUGGGUUUGGAGAGAAAGGUGACAAAGGCUCUACUGGAGAUCAAGGACCACAAGGUGCUCCUGGUCCUGCAGGUCCUUUUGGCCCCAAAGGGCUGAUGGGUGCACCUGGUCUCCAUGGUCCCCCUGGUCCUCCUGGGAAUCAAGGAUUCAGAGGUGAACCAGGUACUCCAGGUGUUAAAGGUGAGAAAGGAGCCGUGGGAACACCCGGACCCAAAGGUGAUCAAGGAGAGAAAGGACCUCGUGGUCUUACAGGUGAAUCUGGUUCCAGAGGGCCAGCUGGUCCUACAGGUGAACCUGGAGCUAAAGGAUCAGCAGGUCCACCAGGGCCAGAUGGACACCAAGGCCCCAGAGGAGAGCAAGGUCUUAUGGGAAUGGCAGGACCACGAGGUCCAUCUGGGCCCCCUGGAGAUGCUGGGCAGCCAGGUCUCACAGGACCUCAAGGACCACCAGGGAACCCAGGCAAUCCAGGCCGUCCAGGACCUAAAGGUGAACCUGGAGCUCCAGGCCGGAUUACUAGUACAGAUGGAGCAUCAACUGUUGCUCUCCCAGGACCUCCGGGACUUCCAGGGAGUGUUGGACCUCCAGGACCACCUGGUGUCCCAGGUCCUGUGGGCCCAGCUGGUCUUCCUGGAGCUCAAGGCCCUCGUGGUGAGAGAGGACCCCCAGGUGAAAGUACUGUUGUGGAAAUAAGACCUGAAGUUGCUGCUUCUGCUGCUCAAGAAAUGCCAGGACGACCUGGACCACCUGGACCCCCCGGCCCACCAGGAGCUUCUAUUCAGGGACCCCCAGGACCCCCUGGUCCACCAGGAGAAGGUUUACCAGGACCUCGAGGCCCUCCAGGAUCCUUUGUGCCCACAAAUGGAAACUUCUUUGCUGGCCCACCAGGUCCACCAGGCCCUCCAGGGCCAAAAGGAGAAGAAGGGUUGCCAGGCCCACGAGGAUUCACAGGUGAACCAGGGCAGCCUGGUCUUCCAGGAGCCUCUGCACAUGGUUCUGGAGUUGCCAUCCAAGGACCACCUGGACUGCCCGGACCACCUGGUCCCAAAGGUGAUGCAGGAGUUCCAGGAGCCCCUGGCAUUCCUGGAGGAGCUGGAUCAAGAGUUUCUCAGGGCCCUCCAGGUCCCCCAGGCCCUCCUGGACCACCUGGCCUAGGAAUUGGUUCAGUGCAUGAGAUGCAGCAGUAUGUUGCUGACUACCUGCAGAGGGAUGGGCGUUAUCUGGUUGCACCUCAAGGCCCACCAGGUCCUCCAGGUCUUCCAGGAAUUGUUACCAUUGAUGAAGACUCAUUAGACUAUGGCAAACUGGCCCGUCAUGUUAUGAACCACAUGUCUGCUUUAGGUGCCUCUUGGACAUCUUCCCAUUCAUCCUCAUCAACAACAAUUUAUGAUGAUCUUCUUGCCAUGCUACAGAGAGAAGAUGUUCGUCAGCUAUUAACUGGACCUCCAGGUCCUCCUGGGCCACCUGGAAUGGGAAGAGAUGGUUUAUCUGUGUCACUGGACUAUGAUGAAUUAACCAGACGAGUUGUCAGCUACAUGACUAGUUCAGGAAUUGGCAUUGGACUUCCUGGCCCUGCAGGUCCUCCUGGUCUGCCAGGAGCAUCUUAUGGUGACAUCGUAGCCUUGCUCCAAGCCUCAGAGUUCAGUGGCAUCGUAGGGCCACCUGGCCCCGCAGGCCCACCAGGAGUUCCAGGAAGCUCUCUUUCUACCUUCACUGCAGAGGAUAUCUUCACAUACUUGCAAAGUGCAGGGUUCUCCACAAUUCCUGGUCCCCCCGGGCCACAGGGACCUCCAGGACCCCCAGGCUUUUCAGGAACUGGCCUUGAGUCCUAUGGUAACAAGAUUUGGACCGAUGAGUUUAGGAGUGAAUUGAUCCAAUACCUUACUAGUGAUGACAUCCGUGGUUUUAUCAGAGGUCCCCCUGGGCCACCAGGGCCACCUGGACCAUAUGGAGAUGGAAGCAUUAUGUCUGGAUAUUACAGAGGGUCUGCAAAUUCAGAAGCAUCAUAUGGCAGGUCCAUGAGUUCAGACGUAUCCUAUGAUGCCACAGGGAGAUACAGUGGUUCAGUGGGAAGCAAUGGAGCACACAGUGGUGCACUUGGAGCAGGUGGAUCUUAUGGUGAAUCAUUGAGCACAGAUGGAUCACAGAUGAGGUCAACAGGGGCUGGAGGAUCUUAUAGUGGAUCAUAUGGUGGACCAUUGGAUUACAAUGAGCUGGCAGUUCGAGUGUAUGAAAAUAUACAAAACAGAGGGCUCCUCCAGGACAUGAUGACUUACACUAUGCAAGGACCACCUGGGCCUCCAGGGCCUCCUGGCAUCAGUAGAGUGUUUGCAUCCUAUGGAAAUGUCACUGAAGACCUCAUGGAUUUCUUCAGAACUUAUGGAACUAUUCCAGGCCCACGUGGACAGAAAGGAGAGAUGGGAUUCCCAGGACCCAAAGGUGAUACUGGACAAAUGGGGCCACCAGGCCGCCAAGGACCAAGAGGACCAAAGGGUGAAAAAGGCGAGAAAGGUGAACAUGCAUAUGGACGACGGAAAAGGAGAAGCAUUGGGGUCUAACCUAAGAAUGUGGCUUAACAUAAAGGCUUCCUAAAUUGUUCACGAUUAAUUUUUCUCCCCUCCCAGUGGAGACAAAGCCUUAUUUUCCAGUGACUUCCAGUUAUAAAUUUAUUCUAAGACUUGGCAUUUGAAAAAUGAUACUCAUGGUUUUAUUUCAAUGAUGUCUAAAAUCUGGACGUAAAAAAAAUCCUUAUUUCUUUGUUAAUGCCAGUAGAUUUGUAAAGGAUUAGAACUUGGUCUAAGUACAACCAGUAUCUAAGCCUAAGCAUUUUAUAGCAUUGUGUUUUAAUUUAGCCUUUAGGAUACAUCCACACCUAAUUUUUCCAAAUGAAAAUCAGAAUGAGAAUUCUUUAGAGGAAACUAAAAAUCAGAUUCAUAGUUUGCAUAAAUUGCCUUGAUGAGAGGACUGUGUAAAAUGUGUAUCCAAAAUGACCAAAGAUCUAGAUUUAAAGAAGAGAUGUGGCUAUACUCUAAUAUAUGGCUGUAAUGGACAUAACCAAUUCCCCAUUUAAGCCAAAUCACUAACUGCAUUGCAAAAAUGUGAAGGACCUUGGGGCUUGUUAGGAUUUAAGCACUUUCCCCUAGAAUCUUGUUUAAAAACAAAAAUGUUUGCUGUGGUGCUUUUUAUAUUGCAUUAAGUAAAAAAGAAAUCCAUUUUACAAUACAGCUUUUCAAUCAAAGCUUUAUUUGACUUUAGCAGAAACUAGACAUUAAGUAUUAUGGCAGACAGAUAUGAAUGGUGGUACGGGCAAGCAAGCACAGUCAAAUGUGUGCUGUGGGUCAGUAAGCACUGGAUACAUGGCUUACUCUCUCAUUCUGAGCUCAGUCACUCCCUGACAAAGCUAGCAGUUUUAUCUGGGAUAACUUUGCCCUCUUUCGCUUGUUUACAAGAUCAGCACUCACUCUCUAAAGUGCCAUCUGUCUUUGAUAUGCCACUUCUAUUAGCAAGGACUGAUAUGCACUUAGGGGAAUAUGGGCUACAGGUCUGGGCCAUUGUCUUGAGGUUUCCAACAAGGCAAUUAAAGCUCACUUUCACAUAAGCAAAUCUGCAUGCUGUGGUUUCCACAGCCACAAAAUAUACAUGUACCAUGGUGGCAAUUGGGUGGUGGUGAAUCAUGGUCAAUUGCUUUUGACAAAUGUGCAGUUAUGACACACUGAUAAUCUUCCUAACUUAGGCCAUACUAAAAGCACAGCAAUAUGCAGAUAACUAAAGUAUUUUUUUUACAAAGCAAGUUUUGAAUAAAACUCUAUCGUUUUCAGCUCUUAAUAAAUGGAACUUGUGAAACUCAAAAUUUUACUUUGCUGGAAGUGUUAAAAUCCUGAAUCACUGAAACACUUUGAAACCAUGACUGCUUCUAAUUCAGACUUUCAAGCAACUGUUCUAAUGAAUGUAAAUAGGAUAUGAUGAAUAUCUUGCAAUUGCCAUUUUCUUGUUUAUGAGAACCCAACAUUCUAUGUACAAGGAGCUUGCUGUGCAUUAAAAUUCUGUAAAUGUUAGAGACAUUUGCUUUUUUAAAAAAUAAAUCUUUUUUUUU